GCAGCGCAAAAAAAGAAAGAGAGAAAAAUAGUACUGCGACUCCGGCAGGAAAAAGCAAAAGCUGAGACACAAACAAACCAUACGAAGAACAUUAAAAAACCGCCAUCAGAAAAAGCGUUUUUAUUCUCGCAGAGCCAACCCAUAGACCUUACCUUCUAUCUCUCUAUAGAAGAAUAGAAUAGAGAGAGAAUUGUACUCUGCUUAAGUGGUUGUUAGUGAGAGAGAGAGAGAGAGAGAGAGAGAGAGAGCGAUUCACAGAGAGGUCUGAGCUCGAGCAGGCUCUCUCCACCGCUCGGGCUCUACAAAGAAAUUCUCUGUGCCAACUUUCACCAUUUUGUUUGGAGAGAGAGAGAGAGAUUGUAGUUAAAGAAGAAGAAGAAGAAGAAGAAGAAGAAGCCUAGAUUGUUGGUGUUAUGGUUGUACAGGGUGGGGUGGCGUGUCCAUACGGAUUUUCGGUUUCUUUGUGUUUCACUACUGUUGCUUGAUCUGGAGGGCUUUCUGAGAAUCUUGCAAAUUGGGGCUUUCUGCUUAACGGUUUUGCGGUUCAAGUCUCUCAAAAGUUAUUUGACUAAAAGAUUUUCUAUGUAACAAUACACGGUUGGACGACAUGGCUAGGGUCCCAGAAUCUAAGGCAUUUACUGGGAAAGUGCCAAUUGCCAUUGAGAUCUCAAAUGCACAUAUGACCUCAGUAAGAGAAUUUGGUCAGCUAUCAAAUGCACGUGAGGUAGGUCAGCUAUCAAAUAUCCGAGAGGUAUCAGAUGCGCGUACAGUCUCAGUAAGAGAGUUGGGUCAGUUAUCGAAUGCACGCAUGGCUUCGGUUAAAGAAGUGGGUCAGACACCAAAGAUGCAUAUGGUUUUGGUAAGAGAAGAUUUGGGUAGGUCUGUUUCAAGAGGCUCUCAAGAUGCAGACUCACCUGUGCCUGUAAGAACAUGGAAAGGAAAAGCCUCUUUGCCUGAAGAUGAAGAACUUAUGCCUGAUGUUGUUACAUUUAAGGGCAGUGUGAAUCCAUUUGAGGAAGGUGGUCCUAGUUCUUUUUCUGGGGCUAGUCAUCCACCUGAACCUGUUGAUACAGAUCUAAUGAAAACGGUUUAUGUACCAAUAGGUCAAAAAAAAUCCGAGGCUGGAUGCUUAAUGAGGAGCAUGUCUAUGAAGGGUCCUUUUCUAGAAGAUCUUUCAAUCCGGGUUCUGCCUAAGAAACCAAGCUCAGCUGUUCUUUCACCAGCUGAAAGUUUGGUUGAAGAACCAAAUGACGUGGGUAGGUUGUCUUCACCAUUUGCAGUUCCUCGUGCAUCACAAAAUACAGAAAACUCUCUCCUCCCCCCUGAUUCUGAUGAGAAGGAAUGUGUUUGGGAUGCUUCUUUGCCUCCAAGCGGCAAUGUAAGUCCACAUAGUAGCAUUGAUAGUACUGGCGUUGUGACGGCUAUGAGUGUUGUCAAUAGCUGUGCCAGUACAUAUAGGAGUGAUGCAAUCACUAGUGAUGGAAUGCUUAGUAUGGAGAGGAACUGUGAGAGUACAAAAGGAAGUGUUAGAGGGGAUUCACUUGAGAGUGCAAAAACUAGCGUUAGUCGAGCAAGUGAUAGUAGUGGCCUUAGUGAUGAUAGUAAUUGGAGCAACAUUACUGGGAGUGCUAAUAAGCCUCAUAAAGGAAAUGAUCCUCGGUGGAAGGCUAUUCUUGCCAUCCGAGCAAGGGACGGAUUUUUGGGCAUGAGUCAUUUUAAAUUGCUCAAGAGGCUUGGUUGUGGUGACAUUGGCAGUGUGUAUCUCUCAGAGCUGAGUGGGACUCGUUGUUAUUUUGCAAUGAAAGUGAUGGACAAGGCAUCCCUUGCCAGCAGGAAGAAAUUGACUAGGGCUCAGACAGAAAGGGAGAUUUUGCAGCAGCUGGAUCACCCAUUUCUUCCAACUUUAUAUACUCAUUUUGAGACUGACAGAUUCUCCUGUUUGGUCAUGGAAUAUUGUCCGGGGGGUGAUUUGCACACUUUGAGGCAACGGCAACCUGGGAAACAUUUCUCCGAGUAUGCUGCACGAUUUUAUGCUGCAGAGGUUCUCUUGGCCCUUGAGUAUCUUCACAUGCUCGGAGUUGUCUACAGGGACUUAAAACCUGAAAAUGUGCUGGUUCGUGAUGAUGGCCACAUAAUGCUUUCAGACUUCGACCUUUCCCUAAGAUGUGCUUCUUCACCGACUCUGAUAAGAACCUCAAAUGAUUCUGACCCUUCAAAACGGGCAGCUGGUGGUGCAUUCUGCGUCCAACCUGCCUGCAUUGAGCCUUCAUCAGUAUGUAUCCAGCCUGCCUGUUUUAUUCCACGGAUCUUCCCUCAAAAAAACAAGAAGAAGACCCGAAGACCUCGAACUGAACCUGGGUUUCUGGCCAGUACACUUCCAGAGCUUGUUGCCGAGCCUACCGCAGCCCGAUCUAUGUCUUUUGUUGGAACCCAUGAAUACCUAGCCCCAGAAAUUAUCAAGGGAGAAGGCCAUGGCAGUGCAGUUGAUUGGUGGACAUUUGGCAUUUUUCUACAUGAAUUACUGUAUGGAAAAACCCCAUUCAAAGGCUCAGGCAACCGUGCCACACUGUUUAAUGUGGUGGGGCAGCAGCUCAGAUGCCCAGACUCACCAGCAACCACUUAUGCGAGUCGGGAUCUCAUCCGGGGCUUGCUAGUUAAGGAGCCACAGCACCGGCUUGGGGUAAAGAGGGGUGCGACUGAGAUCAAGCAGCACCCCUUCUUUGAGGGUGUAAAUUGGGCUCUAAUACGAUGCAGUACACCACCAGAAGUGCCAAGACCAAUGGAGACUGAGCUUCCCGGGAAGUUUGGAGCAGUUGACAUGGUUGGGGUUGGUAGCAACAGUAAAAGGAUGGCAGGGGCAGACAUGAUGAAGUCUGGUGGUAAGUAUCUGGACUUCGAGUUCUUUUAGUUUUUGAAUACAGGAUUGUCAUGCUGUAUUGUAUUAGUAUGAUCAGUUAAUCCAACAUGAAGUUCUCCAUUAUUGUCUUCUGCUAAUGAACUUCAGCUUACCUACCUCAUAACAUAAUAUUACCGAUCCAAUUAGAAGAUUGAUACUUCGUGUUCA